AUGGUGCUGGAGGAGACUCUUGAGAGUCCCAUGGACUCCAAGAAGAUCAAACCUAUCCAUUCUGAAGGAAAUCAGCCCUGAGUGCUCACUGGGAGGACAGAUCCUGAAGCGUAGGCUCCAAUACUUUGGCCACCUCAUGAGAAGAGAAGACUCCCUGGAAAAAAACUCUGAUGUGGGAAAGAUUGAGGGCACAAGGAGAAGGGGACGACAGAGGAUGAGAUGGUUGGACAGUGUUCUCGAAGCUACUAAUAUGAGUUUGACCAAACUGCGGGAGGCAGUGGAAGACAGGAGUGCCUGGCGUGCUCUGGUCCAUGGGGUCACAAAGAGUCGGACACAACUAAACAACAACUGCUCUUCAUCUGAAGAUCUCAGGAUUAUCACCUGCCCAGGAAGCUAUCAGUACAACGAACAGAUUUCUGGCAAGCAGUGCAUGGGUCAUAUUAUCUCCAAAGGUCUGCUUUAAGAAGAUUAAGGUACUGGCUGUGGAUUCUAUUAAUAGGGAGGGAGGUGAAAUCCAGCAUAAAAGGUCAUGCAUGUCAGUGAUCCAAACUAGCAGCAAGGCAAGGCUAGUGUCACACUGAAAUGUGAAGAGGAGGAUCUCAGCUGCACAAGGAAUGACAGAAGGAGGUUUCUAAUGAUACAAAACACUGAACAAUGUAAGAACUCUGGCUUCUUAUUCUGGGCAUGGAGAUGUCUUCAAGCCUCUGAGUUCUUCUGGCAAGCGAGAUAGCUCAAAACAGUGUUUCUGUGUGAUUUUUAUGUCCAAGAUUCCCCUCCACAUUGAUGUAUUAUUUGCUUAGAAGAAGACUGGAGUCCUCAUCCUUGGGAGGACACUACGUGACACCUGGAAGUUGUUGUCACUGCUGGAGUCUUGGCAAAGCCCCAGCCUGAACAGAAAUGCCUUAUUUCUCAAGAUCUUUGUGGGAAAACCUAGUUCCAAAUGGAAUGAUUUGCCAGAGGAGGUCUGUGUAGUGCUUUCCAAGUCACACCGAUAUCUAUUGCUUGCCAUGAAAUGGUUUUUGGUAAGGGCAAUAGCCAUUUAUUGCUCCUUGGCUAACCUCGCUAGCUGCCAUCAGAGUCUUAAAAUUGGUGUAUGGCACCAUUAGCACAACAAUCAGUCUAAAGCCAUGGCUGCCAUUUUUACCAACAAGACCCUGAUUGUGAACAACAAGGACAAGGAUAAGUUGGAGCUGGAACGUGAGCUAACCCGAGCAUUGGAGAACAAGAUUAUGCUUCUGUAUUUUGGCUCUGGUGAAUGUCUUCGAUGCCAAGAGUUUGCACCCAUCCUGAAAGAUUUUUUUGUGAGGCUCACAGAUGAAUUUUACGUGGAGAGAGCAUCCCAGCUGGUCCUGGUCUUUGUCUCACUGGAUGAGACUGAGGAGAAGCAAGACAAGUUUCUGAAGACCAUGCCCAAGAGAUGGUUGUUUUUGCCCUUCCAGGAUGAAUUCAGGAGGGAACUGGAAUUGAGAUUUUCUGUGACAAACCCCCCAGUGGUGGUGGUGUUGAAACCAAACGGAGAAGUCAUUGCUACAAACGCAGUGGAGGAGAUUAAGCAGGUGGGCCCUGCUUGCUUCAGGAACUGGCAGGAGGCAGCUGACCUGGUGGAGAGGAACUUCCUCCUGGCCCAGGACUUUGACAACGUGGCUCUGAGGAGCAUCAUGGAUCCCAUCCGCCGGCUCAAAUACAAGCUUGCAAGCAACAAAAGCAGAAGGGGAAGCAAAGAUGACAACGAAGAAGAAGUGUUCUCCUGACAGGACAUUUCUUCCCAUGGUAGCUUUGUUGUAGGUGAGCUUAACUCUUCCCAACCCAUGGCCUGUGUGCAGGAUAAUGAUUGUUACCUACAAGCACAGAAAUUGUUACUGAGAACAGAUUUCAGGCUUCUGAAAAUCUAAGUGCCUUUUACUUUUCUAUAAAAAAAAAUUCUAGCCUUUAUGACUGUGAAGAUAGUCAUGAAAGUGUGUGGACAAUAUCUUGUGAAAGCAUAGAAUGUGGGAGUCUGGUGGGUGAGGGUUGUUCAUGCAGAUUUUCAGUGGCUCCUGGGAACUGUGUCUAGCAUUUGCCCCUUCCACUUGAAUAGCAGAAGACGCCCAUGUGGAUUUGUUUGCUUGAAUUUGCUACCCUCCCUUGACUGCAGCGUGCCAGGAUGUGCAUACAUUCAAUGCAACAUAUUAAAUGUCAGUAAAACAUCACUUAAAACCAUAAUUAAAGCAACAUAGGGAUUACAGUGCUACUGUGUAGAAGCAGCAGAACUACUCAGUCAAAAAUGACUCAAUUGCUCCCAAAAGCCUGGGCAAAGAGGUGUAUCUUGACUCAUCGGCAAAAGAAGUACAAUGGUGGUGCCAGAUGCACCUCCAAGGGGAGGGAGUCCCUAAAUGGGCAGGGAACCGCAGAGAAAGCCUUCCUAUGUGCCACUGCCCUGAGAGUUUUAAGGGGUGCCAGCUCCACCAGAAAAGCCUCCUCUGUUGAUCUUACAGGUGCUUCUUCAGUUAUCAGGGAAGCCAAAUGAUGUAGGGUUUUGUACAUGAACAUAAGCACCUUGAAUUGGUAUUGGAUGCAAAUAGGCAACCAGUGCAGGAUUUGGGGGACAGGUGUUGCAGCUUCUGAACUGUCUUUUAUUUAUUUCCUAACAUUUAUAUACCACUUAAUUAUAAUAAAACUUUAAUGAUUCAAAGGCAGCACUACACAGAGCGCAUUACAGUAGUCCAAUACGGAAGUUAUCAAUGCAUAAAUUUAAAAAAAUGCAUGCAGAUGUGCUUUUUUUUUGCUUACUAUAUACAGUAGUGUCUGCUUUCAUAUGGCUCUCCCUGUUCCAUCACUGGAAUAUUCUGUUACAACUUGCUUUAGGCUCAGACAAUAACUACUGUAAACCCAAAUUAACAUUCACUUGGUGCAAGGCCUUCUGUGUGGUAGCAUUUUCCUUGUGGAACACAUUCAUACUAGAAACUUCAGGUUCUUCUUAUCAAUCUGUAAAAAACAUACCAUGGCUUUCAACAGGCAUUGCUUUGUCAGGUUUUAUUUUCUACUGUGUCAUUGGUCGACUGCUGAUUUUGUAGCUUUUGUCUUAUUGUGGUGCUGUUUGAAAUUACGAUUCUCCUAAAUGACUUUGAAGCUUAGUGGGUGGUAUAUAAACUUUAAAAAUAAAAAAUGAUAGAUAAGUGCACAAACAAAAUACGGCAUCACCAAAGAAGGCAUAAAAAGGAGAAGGGAACAUUUUCAAACAUAUACUGCUUAUGAAAAGAGAAAGAUUAGUGGUUUAGUUUUGCUUCUGAGCUUUAAUUCCUCAGCAAAUAGCAGGUGGAGUGUGGGGAGUAUUCCUAUUCCAAAUGGGAUCUGAGCAGAAGCAAAGUGCUAAAGCCCUGCUCACCCCCUGCCAGGGUUCUAAUCUGACUUGGCCCCUUUCCAUAUGCUGGCUGUUAAAACCAAAGCAGCUAUGCAAGGAUGAAAUAUGUGGCAAACAUCAUGCUUUGUUUGGUCCCCUAUAGUACACCAGUCUUGGCCCACCUGGUGCCCUCCAGUUGUAACCCGACCACACUUCCCAUCAUCCCUGACCAUUGGCCCUGCGGGUUUGGGCUGAUGGCAGUUGUAGACCAGAAAGUCUUCUGGGGGGUACCACGUUGGGAAAAGUAUUGCUUGAGAUGCAUGGCGUCUGCCAACCUAUGACUCCGCUCUGGCUUUCCUCUGAUAGCUCAUGGAAGAAGACAUGUGAUUUGCCAUGGUGCUCUGUGUUGCACCACACACAGACAUGCGCAGAUCCUCUUUACAAGAAUGUGUUUUCAUUAAUUUAUUAUGACCAUUUCUCUCUUGCUUUCCUGAACCAGGUACAGGGGACACUAAGUUGUUUGCAACUGUUGGUUGGUAGAGAAAGAAGAUGACUAAGGAGUGAGGGCAUACUAAGAAGUGUAUAAACUAAGAAUGGUGUACUCACUAAAUCUUUUUUAAAGGAACACUUUAAGAAGGGAUGUAAGAAGGCAUCAUUUUCUAUUUCGCCCUGUGUUUGUGACAUGCAGUACUGAAUCCAUUCCACUGCAGUUCAUCUUCCACCAAAUACUAUGGUAAUCAUCUCACUGUCUGUUGUGACAAAAUUAUGUAACUGUGCUUUGCAUGCAGAUGGUCCUGGGUUCAAUCCCUGGCAUCUCCAGGCAGGGCUGGGAGUGUCUUGAACCUUGGAGAACUGCUGUCAGUAAAUGCAUUCGACCCACA